ACGUCACCGGAAGUGCCCGAGCCGCCCGGGAGAGGGAGGCGGCGCUUCCGGCGGGCGGCGGGGGCUCCGGGUGUCCUACUACUGGUGUUUCUGCAGGAAGCAGCAAGCAAAGUCCCAGCCUGAGUCCACAGAACGCCACAGAGAGGGCUACCCUGAUGGACACGUGCACGGCUUUCCUAGCACAGGCACCGAGUGGCGGCCCAGCUUCCUGCUACGCUGCUUUGGUGGCUGAGCAAGGGGCUCAGAGCCCAGGGCUGAUGCUACGACAGGCAACCUUAGAAGAAGGGGGGCGCCGUGGACAAGCUGUGCCAGGACUGUUACGGGGGCCUCCCCGGACACUGCGGUUUCCAGACCCUUGUGGGAAUGAGGAAGCUGGAGAGAGGCCCAGAGGUUCCCCUCGGGGACCAGUUGUUUAUGAGGAAACUGGAGGGCAGAAUGGCCAUGAGGACAGUGUGUCCAGGUCAGAGGUCACCCUGAAUGCAGCCUCCACAGCCGAUAGGAGAGGCCACUGGAAAGGACGGCCUUACCGAUGCAGCACCUGCGACAGGAGCUUCAAAUGCUAUUCAGAUGUGGUGAAACACCAGAGCAUUCACUCUGGGGAGAAACCCUACGAGUGCAGCGACUGUGGGAAGGCCUUCAUCCACAGCUCCCACGUCGUCAGGCACCAGCGCAUUCACAACGGGGAGAGGCCUUACGUUUGUAAGGAGUGUGGGAAAGCCUUCAGCCAGAGCUUCAACCUCAUUAGACACCAGAGAAUCCACACGGGAGAGAAGCCCUACGAAUGUGCUGAGUGUGGCAGGUCCUUCAGUCAGAGGUCAGAUGCCAUUAAGCACCAGAGAAUUCACACUGGCGAGCGGCUGUAUGAGUGCAGCGAGUGCGGGAAAACCUUCAUCCAUAGCUCAAACGUCGUCCGGCACCAGAGAAUUCACCACGGAGAGAAUCCUUACGAAUGCAAAGAGUGUGGGAAAGCCUUCAGCCAGAGCUCCAACCUCAUUCAGCACCAGCGGGUCCACACUGGGGAGAAGCCCUACGCCUGCCAGGAGUGUGGGCGCGCCUUCAGCCGCAGCUCCUUCCUCAGUGAGCACCGGCGCAUCCACACCGGGGAGAAGCCCUACGAGUGCAGCGAGUGCGGCCGCGCCUUCAGGGCCCUGUCGGGCUUCUUCCGGCACCAGAGGAUCCACACUGGGGAGAAGCCUUUCCACUGUGCCAGGUGUGGCAGGGCCUUCCGCCUGAGCUUUCAUCUUAUCCAGCACCAGCGAGUUCACAGCACGGAGUGAGCCUGUUGGGGGGUGAACAUGGAGUGGAAAAAUUGAGUAAAUAAGAUUGGAGUGUGGGUACAACACCCUUCACUUUUUGCCCACUCCCCCAGCUUUGUGUACUUCGCCCCACAGGAAGAGGAUAAAACUGUCUUGCUGGUCUCCAAGCCUGCCCGUGGAGGCCUGCAGUUUGUCUGCCGCCGCCUUGCCAGGAGCACCAGAAAGGAAAGAGGAGCCUUGGGGAAGGAGACGUGAUGGCAACGUGUGCCUCGGAAGUUAAUUUAUUUCAUUUUCACAGCACUGGGUUUUUUUCCUGAAGUAUAAUUUACAUACAGUGGAACACAUAAAUCUUAAGUGUUUGGUUUUAUGAGUUUCAACAGUACAAUGUGCUUUGACCUUUACAACCACCACACUCUGAAGAUGUAGACUAUUUCCAUCACCCCAGAAAGUCUCCUUAUGCCCCUUCAAGUCAGCCCCUCAUCCUGAGAGGCAACCAGUGAUCUCGUUUCUGUCACUAUAGUUUUGCUUGUUCUAGAACGUUAUAUAAAUAGUGAUAUAAUUUAUACUCUUUUAUGUCUUUUUCCCUUUGCUUAAUGUUUUUUGAGGUUUACCCAUGUAUCAGUAGGUUUUGGGGGUUCUUUCGUGUUUUUUUUCAGUUUCAUAGCUCUUUAGAAAAGUCAAGAAUCACUCUCUACCCUGUAUCAAAGCUAUAUGCUUAUGUCUGUGUCUUUUAUCAAAGUAUGAGCCCCUGUAGCUAAAAUUAUUUUAGCACAGCCCCGGAUACAGGAUGUGCACUCCACAAAAAAAUAAGUACAUGAAAUAUGCAGGGGAGUUUAUGAAAGAUAGGCAUAGAGGAGAGACCAUAGGCUUGGCCGGAAGGAGGAGGUACUGAUUCACUUGUUUUCAUGCCAUUUCGGAGUAUACAGAACUCUUCUCAGGCUCAGGAAGGUAGUAUAAGAUAAAACAAGUUUAAGAUGUUUGUACUUCCAACAGACAUUUCCUAAGCACUUAGCUGUCCAGGCUCUACGCCACUGUUGUAGGAAACACAAAGCCACUGUGAUGGCUGCGUUCAAGGACUGUAGGUAAAAGUCCAAUAACAGAAGUAUGUAGAGGGAACUAGUGACACAGGAGGGCAGUAAACAAGACUGGGGCAAGGGAAAAACGGGGGUGAACACCCAGGGGAGGGGAUUCCUGAGCAGAUGGAUUAAAUGUGUACAAAGCAAAGGUCAGGGCAUGCUAGUGGACUGUGAAGAGCAUGAGAAGUGUGCUCACCCAUAGGACCUUCCAGUUCGUAGCUGGGAGAUCAGACAAAAAGUGUAUGUAAAACAGUAGUCUAGGUGAGCUCACUGCUCAUGAUCUGAUAUUUCAUAUCACAGUACGGGAGUGUUAUAGAUACCUACAAAUGCUAUUUGCCAGAUAGAAAGCGACAGGUGUCUUUGUUGGGGAUGAUACUCUGUACAUAUCAUAAAACUGCUGUAACAAAUUGAGUGAGGUCAUGUUAUUGAAAGUUUACUGUAAUGACUAAGACAAAUCUGAGCAGUCACCUGGCCACAAGUCCUGGGGGUCCAGCUGCAGGACCCAAAUCCAUCCUAGUCAAGCUGUGGUUUGGUGCCACUUUGUGGGAACUGUCUGCUCUAGUUUAACUACUGACUGAAUUAUUUGGGUCCUGUAGCUGGCUGGGACUUCCAAAAUAGUAGCUCAGUUCUAGGGCUCUUGUUGGCACCUUGUUUCUUUUAUGGUGUGAGCUUAGGCUACAGGGUUGCGCAGCCUGUAGGGGCAGAGUUGCCCAUAGAGUGCAUUCAGGCACCACAGCUAUUGGGCUGCUGACUUGAGCCCAGGUAACAUGGAAAGCUAAGCCUGGAGCUCCCAUGCUAAGCCAAGGCCCAGGUUUGUGCCUCCCAGGUAGCUCUUUGGAGGAAAAUUUUUCCUACUUAGACCCUGUAGUGUCCCUGAUCAUGAGAUCAAAGCAAUGAGCUUACAGAAAUCACCAAGUACACAGGAAGGUGAGUCUCAUUUACC